AUGGCGCUGAACGAAGCUGUGGAUGCGUACUUUCCCGGCUACACGCAACGUGUGCUUGAGCUUGCACCAACUCUUGGUGGCCUGGAGUCGUACCUCCGUUCUGCCGUCUUCUGUCUCCCCGGUCGCUUCUCCUCCUCGGAGCUCCUCCUCCAAUCUCUGACGACUGUCCUCGACGUGACGGCUCUUCUCCACGAUGCCCUCAUCACAUCGCUCGCCCACACGACACUGCCUCUUCCGACUGGCAUCUCAACCUCGACGGCGUCAUUCUCGUCAUUGUCGUCUUCGUCAUCGUCGUCAUCGUCAUCUUCGGCGGCUAUGAUUGGUGCGGUGGUCGAGUUUGUCAAGUCGGCCGCGCCGGCGCCGUUGCCGCUGCCUUCAAUCGCACUGUUGCUCUCGGCGGUGAGGACGAUUCAGGUCUGGGUCGAAGUCCUGGCUACUCGCAAGUUUGGUCAGAGAGCUAGGUGGCUUGUUGUCCUGCUGGUGGAGGUGGCCAAGGCUCUGCUCAAGUUUUGGGCUCUGAUCAAGAGCCAGGCUGCGCUCCUCCCGCUCGCCAUUCCGCGUAUCAUCCGCGAUCCGGCGCUGCGGUCGGCGGCGGCAAAGGUGGAGGAGGCCGAGGCGGCGGACUCUGCGCGGGUGCGGGUCCGGCAGGUGUUCAAGGACUCGCCGGCGGCGUCGGCCGACUCGCCGGCCACGUUUUCGGCGCUGGUGGGCGAUGUGGCCCGAGUUUCGCCGGCCGCGCUCCUCAAGCGGCGGAAGCAGGCGUGGUCGUCUGCGUCGUCGCCGCUGCGGCGCGGCGCCGAGAGCGGGUCGCCGCGUCCGACGCCGCUGGCGCCCGCGCCGCGGACACCGCUCACGCCGCACCUCCUCGCAGGUGAGGUCCUCCAUGCCGUUGCGCCUGUUGCGUACGUGGGAGCCAUCCUCGCUGCCGGCCACUCGUCGUGGAAGCCGUGGACACUCUCGCUCGUUCUCGAGCUGGCAUCGAUCGGGCUCUCGUCGACCUGUGGCGGCGGGCAACGCAGCUGA